AGAAGAGAGAAGGGGGGUUGUGUGUAUUUUAUAUAUAUGGCACAAGAUACAAAGGACAUUGCAUGAAAGCUGAAGAUAAUUGGCUGAGGGCGUGUUGUUCCAGUACGCUUGUACGCAUUUAUCAUCCCCCCCUCUCUCUCUCUUUCCGUCUCUUUUAGCUUCGCUUGAAAUUGUACAGACAUGGCUCCUAGCGAAUGGGGUUUCCUUGCUUGAGCGGGCAAUUCAAAGCUGCUGCUUUCUACUGAGAGAGGAGGGUGAGUGAGUGAGUGAGAGAAUUAUAGUGACCUGUUUUGAGUCAAGUUAGUCUCAGAGACCUUGUUCGGAGCAUUUGGGAAUAGAUGGCUACUCAAACAGUGUACAUCAAAGAAUUUGAAGGGAUUGGCCUCAAUCCUAUGGGGCAGUUGCCAGCGCCUUGGUGGACUGGUGCUUCCUUCAAUUCUCAAUCGGGCUAUGGCGAUUCGUGUGGUCAAUUGAAGCCAUUUUCCAUGGAACAUGCCGGUGGUGGAGACCAACUAAUUUCCAACAAACAAGCAGGGAGGGGUAUGGAACAUGGAGCGGAUAGAGGGAAUACAAAUCAGUUCACUAUCUUUCCCGAUAAUUGCAGAGGGGAUGGGCAGAAGCCUCAGGCAGCCAUUUCUCUCCAGUCAUCUCCACCAGAAUAUCGAGGUCGCUUUGAGCUAGGAUUUGGUCAGCCUAUGAUCUAUGCGAAGUAUCCUUAUGCGGACCAAUGUUAUGGAGUCUUCCCAACUUGUGGAACUCAAAUUUCGGGCCGUGUUAUGCUGCCGUUGAGCAUGCCAACUGAUGAUGGACCUAUAUAUGUUAAUGCUAAGCAGUACCAUGGGAUUAUCAGGCGUCGGCAGUCCCGUGCAAAGGCAGUAAUGGAGAACAAAGUGGCAAGAGUUCGUAAACCAUAUAUGCAUGAAUCACGCCAUCUCCAUGCUAUGCGAAGACCACGAGGAUGCGGUGGCCGCUUCUUGAACACAAAGGUUGUGAUCAAAGGAAAAAGUGGAACUGAAGUGAAUAAGGCUGGCAAUGCACAACUUUCUCAUGGCGGUGGCCGCUUCUUGAACACAAAGGUUGUGAUCAAAGGAAAAAGUGGAACUGAAGUGAAUAAGGCUGGCAAUGCACAACUUUCUCAUGGCGCUGGCUCUCAGAGUUCUGAAGUCCUGCAGUCUGAUAGCGGUACUCUAAACUCAUCAAAGGAUGCAAAUGCUAAUGGUUCAAAUUUUUCGGGGUCUGAGGUGACGAGUAUGUUCUCUAGGGGAGAUCUUGAUCUCUUCCCAAUCAAUCAUCUCAUGCCAUCUACCCACUCUCUAUCAGACAUGAUGGAUGGUGGGCGUGGCAUUGUUAUGCCCUCUAAGUGGGUUGCAGCAGUAGAUCACUGCUGCAACCUCAAAGUCUGAUAGCAGGGUUCAAAUGGGAUUGGUGCUAGUUACACAGUUGUAUCAAUCCCUACCCUUGCUGCAGCAACCAUGCGGUUGCUAGGCAAAUCAUUCUUGGCUCAUCUGAUAAGUAAGUAAGCAAGUCAUCCUUGGCUCAUCUGAUAAGUAAGUAAGCAAGUCAUUCCUGGCUAUCUACAUUAAGGUUGUCUUCUGCCAUUCCUUGCAGCCGUUUGGCUCAAGGUUGUCGGUGAAGCCUUAAAUGUAGCUAAAGUGGUGUAAAUUAAUGGAGUAGGCAAGGAACAGGCCUAUUUCGCUAAUUAAAUAAGAGCGUCAAAAGUCCGGAUGUGAGUUUGUGACUUAGGAAUAUUGAAAGUGUGAUGUGGUUGAAGUUUAAUAUCUAAUAUGUCUAUGUCUGACUUUCAGAGUGAUGUACUGUAGAACUUUUUAUAUUUGUGUUGCUACCUUAAAACUUGCUAUGAAUUAUCCAAAAAUUUGGUGUUUGUAUUGUCA